GUGUGUGUGUGUGUGUUGUAAACAGAAACUGUCAUUUCCUGGAACACAACAAAUGACAUUUCGUCCAACCCACGAAUGUCUUCAAGUGUGCUCUCUGGAAAUUAAUUAAAGUUUAACGCUAACUUUAAUCUCUGGCAAUAUAAACUAUCAUUGAAAGUUGACUAGAAAUGCUUAUAUUUGUCCUCCUGCUGUGUCAUUUCACUUUAUGUGGACACUGUGCGUGUGUGAGAAAAAAACUUCAAAUACCAGCAGAUCAAGACAGUAAAGUGUUUGUUGUGGACCAGGAGGCCAACACAUUUUUAGGACGCCACCUAUUGUUCAACCGCUUCGACUUUGAGAUCUUCACCCCAGGUAAUCUAGAACGUGAGUGUUUCGAGGAGAUAUGCAGUUACGAGGAGGCUCGGGAAGUCUUUGAGAAUAUCCCUGAAACAAAUGACUUUUGGAGGAAAUACACAGAGGAUAAGGGUGAAUCCCAAUCAAAAGUUGAUGUAACAGCAUUGCUGGUGGGCAUCAUCUCCGCUGGAGUCUUUAUUGUUAUAGUUGGCCUCCUUAUCUGGUACUUCUGCCAGGGGAGGAAUAAAGACCAUGGCUUCCGAAGUUCAUUCAGACGUCGAUCCAACCGAAACAAUGCCUCUGUGAUCAUCCGGAGACUGGAGGAGGUCUCUCUGCAUCCUAUUCCUUACACAGGCUCAGAUGCCAGCCCAGAUGCUCAUGGUUUACCUUCUUAUGAACAGGCCAUCACCAUCAAUGGACCACAUGAUGCCCCACCUCCACCGUAUCCUGGUUCCAGGCCAGGCAGCAUCCGACGAUAACCAUAUCAUCAUUUUCCAAACUGAAUCAGGAUGGACUAAACCACUUUUUCUUGACUAUGAACUGAAAAUGUGUUAAACCAAAGGCAUUUGGAUUUAAUACCCUGGAAUAAACCACUAAUAUAAAGCUGCAUUGCAGCUUUUAGUCAUCUUAGGCAAUGAAUUAAAAAUCACUGAACAUUUCUGGAUAGUGUAGAUCGUUCGAGCUACCUAGAAAGAUAACCUUUAAACCUAAUCACCAUCAAAUUCUUUGUAAUAGUGUUUAUUUAAAACUAUAACCAUUGAAAACUAGUUUUAUAUUAAUAAUUGUUACAAUAAAAGACAGAUCAUAAAGUUUUAUUUCAUAUGGUGGCCUUUUAUGAAGGACAAAUCAUUUUAUCCUUUUUCAGUACGCUAUAGUCCAUUUUAACGAUCUAGUAGAGUGUGAUUUAGAAUUUGUGUAUAUACUGGAUCAGUAUUUGGUGUACAUUUGUGAGAACAAAUUCUGUGAUCAGCACACCAAAAACAAGAUGACCUCCUCUAACGUCAUGGCACUUCUGUCAGGCUGUGUUGUUUGCACUAAACCUUGUGCAUAUAGAUAAACUAAUUCUGUUGCUUUCAUCUUAUUUAGGGAUUUCAUUUCAUUCUACUGGCAUGAACACCCAGCUUUAAAGGGCAUUUUGCCAAGCGGUUGAUACUGUACAGGUUUCUGGAGGCUGAAGCAUCCCUUUGAUGCCUUUUAAAUGAUAAUGGCUGGGCUCUAGUGUUAUCAUCAUAAGGAUAUUAAUAGACUUUAUAAUAAACUUUCUUUGUUUGAA